CCGGGAGCAGCCGACUUGCCCCGGGCAGCUGCUGAGCCGGCCGGGGCGGCGGGGGCGAGUGCUAGCCGAGCCCCUCCCACCUUGCCCCGGGGCAGACGAGCAGCGCCCCGGCACCCCCUCUUAGCCUGCAGCCCCGCCAGCGCCACCCCCCGCGGGCUGCAGGAGCUCAUGCAGCCGCCAAGGGAGAGGCUAGUGGUAACAGGCCGAGCUGGAUGGAUGGGUAUGGGGAGAGGGGCAGGACGUUCAGCCCUGGGAUUCUGGCCGACCCUCGCCUUCCUUCUCUGCAGCUUCCCCGCAGCCACCUUGCCGUGCAAGAUCCUCAAGUGCAACUCUGAUUUCUGGAGUGCCACAUCAGGCGGCCACUCGGAGGACGCCCCCGAGUUCUGCACGGCCCUGCGCGCGUACGCCUACUGCACGCGGCGCACGGCCCGCACCUGUCGGGGCGACCUGGCCUACCACUCGGCGGUCCAUGGCAUAGAGGACCUCAUGAGCCAGCACAACUGCUCCAAGGAUGGCCCGACCUCGCAGCCGCGCCUGCGCACGCUCCCGCCGGCGGGGGACAGCCAGGAGCGCUCUGACAGCCCCGAGAUCUGCCACUAUGAGAAGAGCUUCCACAAGCACUCAGCUGCCCCCAACUACACGCACUGUGGCCUCUUCGGGGAUCCGCACCUCAGGACUUUCACAGACCGCUUCCAGACCUGCAAGGUGCAGGGCGCCUGGCCGCUCAUCGACAACAAUUACCUGAACGUGCAGGUUACCAACACACCCGUGCUGCCCGGUUCCGCCGCCACCGCCACCAGCAAGCUCACCAUCAUCUUCAAGAACUUCCAGGAGUGCGUGGACCAGAAGGUGUACCAGGCUGAGAUGGACGAGCUCCCAGCUGCCUUCGCCGACGGCUCCAAGAAUGGUGGGGACAAGCACGGGGCCAACAGCCUGAAGAUCACGGAGAAGGUGUCCGGCCAGCAUGUGGAGAUCCAGGCCAAAUACAUCGGCACCACCAUCGUGGUGCGCCAAGUAGGCCGCUAUCUGACCUUCGCCAUCCGCAUGCCUGAGGAGGUAGUCAACGCAGUGGAGGACCGGGACAGCCAGGGCCUCUACCUCUGCCUGCGGGGCUGCCCCCUCAACCAGCAGAUUGACUUCCAGGCCAUCCAUGCUGCUGCCACUGAGGGCCAUGGCACCCGCAGGCCGGCAGCUGCCAGUCCCAUGCCCACAACCCCCGAGACCUUUCCCUACGAGACAGCGGUGGCUAAGUGCAAGGAGAAGCUGCCCGUGGAGGACCUCUACUACCAGGCCUGUGUGUUCGAUCUGCUCACCACGGGCGACAUGAACUUCACGCUGGCUGCCUACUACGCCUUGGAGGACGUCAAGAUGCUGCACUCCAACAAAGACAAGCUGCACCUGUACGAAAGGACUCGGGAGCUGCCCGGCCAGGCAGCCGCCGCACCACUACCCCUGGGCCCCAGGUCCCUCCUCAGCACCCUCCUCCUCCUCCUCCUUGCCCUGCUCCCUGUGUUUUUGUAGGACGCAGAGGAGGUGAGAGAUCUGUCCCCAGGCACGCGGGCUCCUGCACCCUGGUUUCUCCAUCUAAGGUGCCGGCCAGCAGGUGCAGAGAAUGGCAGGCCAUUUCCUGCAGCCCAGCAGUCUCCGCAGGACUUGGGGAGCAGAGGAGGCCACUAGACCAGGGCCUGUGGGACAGUUACCUCAGAGCUGCUUCGGCCUGCCUGCCAGCAAGGGCUCAGGGGCUUGGGACGCUCCCUUGGCCCCCUCACUAGUGCACGUGACAAGGUUGUGGUGACUGGUGCUGUGAUGUUUGUGACAGUAGAGUUGUGUGAGAGGGGAGCCAGCUCCCCUCGACCCUACCCCGCAGCGUGAAUGUGCAAACCAGAGCCCCAGGUGAGCCCCUCCCCACCCACCAGAGAGACACUGGGACCCGUCAGAGUCAGCCCCCCUACUCCCCUGAAGUGCACUGAAACAGUCUAGGCCGACUGCCACAAGCUGGUCCGCGGGGCGCCCUGUGCCUGCCACACGCACACACCCCACACGAGCACACUCACCCUCGUGCCCCAAGCCAGAGGAGGGUGCCCCAGCUAUCCUGCCCACCGUGGGCUGAGUGGGGCUGAGGCAUCAGUGAGGACCCAUCCCCAGGCAGGGCUGUCAGCCUCUUUAGCAAACUGAUGACAUCUGUUGGCCACAAGGUCAUGCCCUCCUGGUAUCUUCCUGCCCUUGACCGCUCUGUGAGACCCCACGUCAGCCCACCCACCUAGAGAGCGGCGCUGGAGGGAUGGUGACUGUGCCACUUGCGGGCUCGGAUACCUUUCUCUGGCCCCUCCCCCCACCCACCCCCACUGUGCAUUGGAAGCCGGUCCUUGGUUCUAAACGUUUAAACAUAGAAGAGACCCUGUUGACUUCUGUUCCUCUCCAGUAAAGGGCAGAGCCCCUGGGCAGGGCACUUGGGCCGCAGGGUGUGAGCAGGAGACAGUGGCCAGGGCCAGCUGGCCUGCCCUGACCCUCUGCUCUCUCUCCUCACCUGUUAGAUGCUGCCUCACUCCCUGCCCCGUCUACCAUGUCUGGAGUCUGGGGAGAGGAGCAGGGGACAGAAGGCCUGUGGCCCUGAGCCUCCCUGGCAGGGUCUCCUCUCUCCCUGUCUUCACUAAAGUCAUCCCUUCCCAUAAGUUCUGUGGCCACGCAGCCAGGAGAGAUGCCCCCCCACCCCAGGAGCCCUGGCCUUGCUGCUGUUCCGAGAACCCCAGGCCAGCAUGGGCCUGGGCUCUGCCCCCCAGAGGCGUGACCAGCCCCGGAAGGCCAUCAUCCCGGACACCCUGCAGCCCCCGCACUGUGUCCGCCCGUCCGUCUGUCUGCUCUUCCCCAGGGACCUCUCAUACACUGGCCCCGGAGGCUGCAGAACGUGCGUCUCCCCACCCCUUCAGAGAGGUCCUGUUCUCUCUGCCAAAACCGCGUGGUCAGCGGGAGGGGACCCAGCCUCGGCCCUUCCUGCUGGUUGUCAUACUGCCCCUAUGUUGGAAGUAGAAAGUGAAGCACUUUAUUUUGGUUGUGUUUGAUCGAGUUCUGCUUGGAAGUGAGGACCCCUCACUGCGCCCAUGCGUCUAAGACCCGUGUGGAGUGUCACCGCGUGUACAUACUGUAAAUUAUUUAUUAACGGCUAAAUGCAAGUAAAGUUUGGUUUUUUUGUUUUGUUAUUUUC